AUGGCGUCCCUCGGCAAACACUCGCGACUCCGCAUUCGCAGAUCCCUCUUCUCCACCUCCACUCACCCGCCGCCGCCGCCGCCGCCGCCGUCGCAGCCGCCGUUCCCUUCCUUCCGCGCCGUGAAGUCCGCCAUACUCGCCGAAUCGAACCCGGACAAGCUCGCCGAGCUUUUCGAACAGUCCUCUCGCUUCCCGACCUUCCGUCGCCACCGGCCCCUCUACCACCUCUCCUUCCAGAAGCUCGCCAAGGCGCGCCGGUUGGACCUAGUCGACCGCCUCGUCCUCAACCAGAUCAGCCAGGGCGGCGAUGCCCCGAGCUCGCUCAGGUCCGAGGGCUUCUGGAUCCGCCUCAUGAUGGUCUACUCGAACGCCGGGAUGGUCGACGAGGCGAUGCGGACCUUCGACCGCGCCCGCGAAGCGAAGCGCUGCGACGUCAGCGAGAAGUCUCUCUGCGCCGUCCUCAGCGUCCAUCUGAACAACGGAUCGAUCGGGAGGGUCCACGAGCUGUUCGAGAAGCUGCCGCGCGAGCUCGGAGUGACGCCGGCCGCCGCCGCGCACAACCUCGUCCUGAAGGCGUUCGUCAAGGACGGCGACACCGAGGCGGCCCGGGCCUGGCUCGCGGAGAUGGAGGCGAGGCAUCAGGUGAUUCCGAACAUCGAUUCUUACAACAUCUUGCUUGGGGCUUAUUUGAAAAAUGGGGACUUUAGUGCUUUCGACCGGGUAGUGAAGGAGAUCCUAGGAAAGGGCUUGGAGUGCAAUGUGACUGCAUACAACCUUAGGAUUGCGAGGCUGUGUAAGAACAAGGAAUGCGCGAGAGCGAACAAGCUAUUGGCGAGAUGA